AUGACCGACUUAGCAGAAGAAUUGGAGCGAUUGGGGCUGUCAGAAUACCUGGAAAUGCUCGUGGCCGAAGGCUUCGAUUCCUGGGAAACGGUGUUAGAUAUAACAGAAUCAGACUUAAACUCCCUCAACGUCAAGAUUGGUCAUCGAAGGUCAGACAAGUAUGCACCUAGGCGACCUCUAUCUGCCUAUGUAAUUUUCGCCAACCAUGUAAGGGAGUCUUUGAAGAGCCAAGUAUUAUCUUUCACAGAGAUUGCGAAAGUCGUUGGUGAACGGUGGCGAGUUUUACCAGCGGAAGCUCGAGAGGCCUAUCAAUGUCAGGCGAAGGCCGGAAAAGAGAAAUACCACGCGAAAUUAGUAGAGUACAAGGGAUCUCCCAAGUACGAUGCUUAUCAAAAGUACCUGAAGGAGUUCAAGGCGAAACACGCAGCACCAUACAAUGGUUUGUUGCGUUGA